AUAAAAAAUCUGGAUUUUUAAAAGUAAAUUUAAAGUAAUUGCUUUUGGUUUGAGAGUAUAAUUCCAAACUUCCGCCAACAGUUUUCGUCCGCUCUUUCAUGUGGAUCUCUCCAAGAAUCGUCACAUUCUAACAAAAUGAAAGCUGCUUUGACGUGUCCAUUUUUGACCAAGUUCUCUGUUAGUUACAUCCGCCAGCAUGCACCACAGGUGCUAAGCAACAUCAACCAUUGCCCUUAUGCUGGCAGUAUUUCUCAUUACUCUUCAAGUCUGCAGCAGCAACUUGAGAGUGUUACUGUUGGAGCUGCUCAAGCGGAAACUGUUGUUGCUUCAAAAUGUCCUUUUGGGGCCAAGGAAGAUCCACCAAGCAGCCCAAAAGUGAGGGAAAAUCUCCAACAAAAUACAAAAGCUGCAACAUCUCAAGUUUCUUCUGAGAACAAUGCUAUUGCAGAGCCACCUAAAGCUGGAACCUUGCAGCAUUCAAAUGCUGCGGUCCUUAGGAAGGAUGCACUUUCUAACUCUGGAUUGAUUAACAAGACCGUGUUAAGCCCUCCAAUGUUAUCUGCUGCACCUCUUCAGCCAGUGAGUAAGUUCUGUCUUAGUACAGUAGCUGGAGUGAAAAUCCAAGAAAGGGAUCAACCUAAUGGCAAUGAUGGGUCAUCACUUGGAAAAUCUCAAUUCUUUGAUUAUGAGAGGUUUUUUGAGCAGCAAAUUGAAAAGAAGAAACAAAACCACUCCUAUCGAGUUUUUAAAAAGGUCUUAAGAAAAGGAGAAGAUUUUCCGUUUGCUGAAGAACAUCAUGAUCUGAAGCAGAAGAAGGAUAUCACAGUAUGGUGUAGUAAUGAUUAUGUUGGAAUGAGUUGGCACCCUGUUGUAAAGAAAGCAGUUCGAGAAGCUUUGGAAAAACAUGGUGCUGGGGCAGGUGGUACUCGUAAUAUCUCUGGUAAUUCUCCAUUGCAUGAGUUACUAGAGAAAGAGAUUGCUUCUCUCCACAAUAAAGAAGCUGCCUUACUGUUUACAUCCUGUUAUGUAGCAAAUGACUCAACACUUUGUACCUUAGGCAAGCAUUUACCAGGUGUCCAACUUUUCUCUGAUGCUGGUAACCAUGCUUCCAUGAUACAGGGUAUCAUCAAUAGUAGAGCACCAAAGCAUAUUUUCAACCAUAAUGAUCCUCUCCAUCUUGAACAAUUACUCAGGAAGGCUGAUCCAGGCAUUCCCAAAAUUGUGGCCUUCGAGACUGUACAUUCAAUGAGUGGUGCUGUGUGUCCUCUUGAGGAACUCUGUGAUAUUGCCCAUAAAUAUGGAGCAUUGACAUUUGUGGAUGAAGUCCAUGCAGUUGGUCUUUAUGGAGAGAAUGGAGCUGGCAUUGGUGAAAGAGAUGGAGUCAUGCAUAAAAUGGAUUUAAUCACUGGGACUUUAGGAAAAGCUUUUGGUAACAUUGGUGGUUAUGUUGCUAGUACUGCACAAGCUAUUGAUAUGAUUCGAAGCUACGCAUCAGGUUUCAUCUUCACCACAUCUUUGCCACCAACAAUACUGGCUGGGGCCACUGCAGCUAUUCGCAUUCUCAGGAAUGAUGAAGGAAGAAUGCUAAGAUCGAAACACCAAUCUAAUGUCAAAUAUCUCAGAGAUAGAUUAUUGGAAAUUGGUAUCCCAGCCGUACAGUGUCCCAGUCAUAUUAUUCCCAUACAUAUAGGAGAUCCAAAAAUGGCAACCACCAUCUGCAAUGAACUGAUGUCCAAACACAACAUCUAUGUACAAGCAAUUAACUAUCCUACAGUUCCCCAAGGAGAAGAAAAGCUGCGAGUGGCCCCAACUCCUCAUCACAGCAGAGACAUGAUGGAUAAUUUUGUUGAUUGUUUAAUCAAUGUUUGGCUCAGUCACGACCUUCCCCUGAAUCCCCAGAAGUAGUCUGUAACGUCAGAUCAGAAAUGAUAAUUACAUGCUCAACUCAAGGGCACAAAAUAUCAUUUCAACACACAAAACACUUCAGAACUAGAUUCAGUUUAGUUCUGAAGAAAUUUUGUCAAGGAAAUAUAUAAACCACUAUACUAACAGUAAAUUUUAAAAAGUCAAAUAUAAAAGUACUUCAUAAUCUGCAAAAUAAAAGCAUAAAAUAUA